CCGUGCUGAUGGUGUAGCCGGACGGACGCCGCGGCUGUUUGUUAUUGAAUGAAAAUCGUUUUUAUGUGGCGAUAUUCCUACUUAGCACACGAAAAAACAAGUUUGUAUGUUUUAAUAACUUGUUAAAUUAUUUAGCCUUUAUUAGCUUGUAAUUACGCACCUUUUAACAUCUUUUAAUAUUUAGGAUCUAGUUAAACUCUUAGUUAGAGUCCUAGGCCUUGAGCAGGCGCCGGUGGUCGAUUUUAACAAUAGCCGAGGAACAGUCACGUAGAAGCGGACACACUUUCUCCAUGAGACGAGCCUGCAGAAACUCACCUCCACUGCAGCAGUAAAUAAACAAAAGAAACAGAAACCACAGGAACCCAGCCCGGAUGGUGCCCGGCGUUUGAAGCGUUUGCUGAUCACAUAUGGACAGUUCCUGAUUGUUUUUCUGGGUACAAACAAUAGAAAAUGUCUAACGGUGCAGCGGGAAGCGGGGGCUUAACCUGGGUGACCCUCUUUGACAAGAACAAUGGUGCGAAAAAAGAGGAAGUGAACGGCCGGGGAGAUGCAGGGAAGAGUGAGCCGGUUAAGAAAGAGAGCUCAAAGAAGAUGUCAGUGGAAAGGAUCUACCAGAAGAAGACGCAACUCGAGCACAUCCUCCUCCGUCCAGACACCUACAUCGGCUCGGUGGAACCCGUUUCUCAGCAAAUGUGGGUUUUUGAUGAAGAAAUUGGAAUGAACUUGAGGGAGAUCACGUACGUCCCUGGAUUAUAUAAAAUCUUUGACGAGAUCCUUGUCAAUGCAGCUGAUAACAAACAGAGAGACAAGAACAUGACCACCAUCAAAAUCACCAUUGACCCAGAGUCCAACACCAUUGCUGUGUGGAAUAAUGGGAAGGGAAUUCCUGUGGUAGAACACAAAGAUGAGAAGAUGUUUGUGCCUGCGCUGAUUUUUGGACAUCUCCUCACGUCUAGCAACUAUGAUGACAAUGAGAAGAAGGUCACAGGUGGCAGGAAUGGAUAUGGUGCAAAACUGUGUAACAUAUUCAGCACAAAGUUUACAGUGGAGACGGCCUGCAAGGAGUACAAACGGAGCUUCAAACAGACAUGGCAGGACAACAUGGGAAAGACCAGUGAGGCGAAGAUCAAGUACUUUGAUGGUGAAGACUACACAUGUGUCACAUUCCAGCCUGAUCUGGCUAAAUUCAAGAUGGAGAAACUGGACAAGGACAUUGUGGCUCUGCUGACACGCAGGGCGUAUGAUGUGGCCGGCUCUUGCAGGGGAGUUAAAGUCAUGCUCAACGGAAAGAAGCUACCUGUGACUGGUUUCCGCAGUUAUGUGGAUCUGUAUGUGAAGGAUAAACUGGACGAGACGGGUGUUGCUCUGAAGGUGGUGAAUGAGACGGUGAAUGAGCGCUGGGAAGUGUGUCUCACCAUGAGUGAGAAGGGCUUCCAGCAAAUCAGCUUCGUCAACAGCAUUGCCACCACCAAGGGAGGAAGACAUAUUGACUAUGUUGUGGACCAAAUAGUGGGGAAACUGAUUGAAGUCGUGAAGAAGAAGAACAAAGCUGGAGUCACUGUGAAACCAUUCCAGGUUAAAAACCAUCUGUGGGUAUUUGUAAAUGCCCUGAUCGAGAACCCAACCUUUGAUUCCCAGACCAAGGAGAACAUGACUCUACAGACCAAAAGCUUUGGCUCUAAAUGUGUUCUCUCUGAGAAAUUCAUCAGAGCUGCUACAAACUGUGGUAUUGUGGAGAGCAUUUUGAACUGGGUGAAGUUUAAGGCUCAGACACAGCUGAACAAGAAAUGCUCCUCUGUCAAACACAGCAAGAUUAAAGGGAUCCCCAAACUAGAUGACGCCAAUGAUGCUGGGGGGAAACACUCUUCAGAGUGCACUCUGAUCCUGACUGAAGGAGAUUCAGCCAAGUCCCUGGCUGUGUCCGGUUUAGGAGUGAUAGGGCGAGAUCGAUAUGGAGUGUUCCCACUCAGAGGAAAGAUGCUCAACGUGAGGGAGGCCACGCACAAACAGAUCAUGGAGAACGCAGAAAUCAACAACAUUAUCAAAAUUGUGGGUCUCCAGUACAAGAAGAGCUAUGAAGACCCAGAGUCCCUGAAGAGCUUACGCUACGGAAAGAUUAUGAUCAUGACCGAUCAGGAUCAAGAUGGCUCUCACAUCAAGGGUCUUCUCAUUAACUUCUUCCAUCACAACUGGCCAUCCCUGCUGAAGCACACCUUCCUGGAGGAGUUUAUCACACCCAUUGUAAAGGCCAGCAAGAAUAAACAGGAAGUAUCGUUCUACAGCAUCCCAGAAUUUGAAGAAUGGAAGAAGCAUACAGAAAACUAUAAAACAUGGCACAUAAAGUACUACAAAGGUUUGGGUACCAGUACGAGCAAAGAAGCGAAGGAAUAUUUCGCUGACAUGGAAAGACAUCGAAUUAUGUUCAAGUACAAUGGCACUGAAGAUGAUGCAGCCAUCACACUGGCCUUCAGUAAGAAGAAAACUGAUGACAGGAAGGAGUGGCUGACUAAUUUCAUGGAGGACAGACGGCAGAGGAGGAUGCAUGGGCUGCCUGAGCAAUUCCUAUAUGGCACAUCAACACGACACCUGUCCUACAAUGACUUCAUCAAUAAAGAACUCAUCCUCUUCUCCAAUUCUGACAAUGAGCGUUCGAUUCCAUCGCUUGUUGAUGGUCUGAAGCCAGGUCAGAGGAAGGUGUUGUUCACUUGUCUGAAGAGGAACGAUAAAAGGGAAGUCAAGGUGGCCCAGCUGGCUGGAUCCGUGGCUGAGAUGUCUGCAUAUCAUCACGGCGAACAAGCCCUGAUGAUGACUAUCGUGAAUUUGGCCCAGAACUUCGUGGGCAGCAACAAUAUCAACAUCCUUCAGCCUCUCGGUCAGUUUGGUACCCGUAUCAACGGCGGUAAAGAUGCUGCCAGCCCUCGUUACAUCUUCACUAUGCUUAGUCCACUGGCCAAACUGCUGUUUCCUGCUGUGGACUCCAGCCUGCUGAAGUUUCUGUAUGAUGACAACCAGAAGGUGGAGCCAGAGUGGUACAUACCCAUAAUUCCCAUGGUGCUAGUGAAUGGAGCUGAGGGUAUCGGGACUGGUUGGGCCUGCAAGAUCCCCAACUAUGACCCACGAGAGAUUGUCAACAACAUUAACCGUAUGCUCAACCACCAGGACCCUCUUCCCAUGCUGCCCAGCUACAAGAACUUCAAAGGUGCCAUUCACGAGCUGGGACAGAACCAAUAUUUGGUCAGCGGAGAAGUGUCCGUCCUGGACAAAAAUACCAUAGAGAUCACUGAACUUCCUGUUCGCACCUGGACUCAGGCGUAUAAGGAGUCGGUUCUGGAGCCCAUGCUCCAAGGAACAGAUAAAACUCCUCCUCUGAUCAGCGACUAUAAGGAAUACCACACCGACACCACAGUGAAGUUUGUGGUGCGAAUGACAGAGGAGAAGCUUGCACAGGCAGAGGCAGCCGGUCUCCACAAGGUCUUCAAACUGCAGUCGUCCCUUACCUGCAAUUCAAUGGUGCUGUUUGACCACAUGGGCUGUCUGAAGCGCUAUGAGUCUGUGCAGGACAUCUUGAAGGAGUUCUUUGAGCUGCGCUUGCACUAUUAUAAACUGAGGAAGGACUGGCUGGUUGGUAGUCUGGGCUCUGAGUCAGCCAAACUCUCUAACCAGGCACGAUUUGUGCUGGAGAAGAUUGAAGGAAAAAUAUCAAUCGAGAACAAGUCAAAAAGAGAUUUGAUCCGAAUGCUGGUGCAAAGAGGAUAUGAAUCCGACCCCGUUGCAGCCUGGAACAAAGCCCAGGAGAAGUCUUUGGAGGAUGAGGAUGGCGAUGGUAAUGAAAGUGACAGCUCAGUGGACUCUGGCUCUUCCUCUGGGCCGAAUUUCAACUACAUUCUGAACAUGCCUCUGUGGUGUCUGACCAAGGAGAAGGUUGAGGAGCUCCUCAAGCAGAGAGACCUGAAGAAAGCAGAGCUGAAUGAACUCCAGCGGAAGAAUUCAGAAGAUCUGUGGAGGGAAGAUCUGGCCAUCUUCAUAGAGGAGCUGGAUCGUUUAGAGGAGCAGGAGAAGGAGAGUGCGAACUCUGGGAAGGCUGUGAAGCUGGUGAAAGGGAAGGUGGGCAAACCUAAAGUGAAGAAGAUGCACCUGGAGGAAACUCUGCCCUCUCCGUUUGGCCGCAGGAUAGAGCCACAGGUCACACUCGCUAUGAAAGCCGACGCCUCCAAGAAACUCACCAAAAAGAAGAAGCUUGAGGUAGACGCAGCCAUGAAGACGGAGUUUGAUGAUGACAGUGCGCUGGGCUCCAAUGAAGGAGAGAAUUCCCUCAUUUCUCCAUCCGGCCUUCCCAAUCCAGGAGCCAAACCCAAAGCUCCGCGAGUGAAGAGAGAGAAGAAGGAACCUGGUACUCCGAGACAAAAGAAGCCAGCAGGUCCUAAAGGUUCAGCUAAGAAAGUGAAGAAAAGGAAUCCGUGGUCAGAUGAUGAUGAAGUUGAUGAUGAUCGGUCCGACAUUGAGCUGGAUGAAAAUGAACCUGUUAUUCCCAGAGACACCACAUCCAGGAGAGCAUCAGCUGUGAAGGCCAAGUACACUUUUGACUUCUCUGAGGAGGAGGAGGAAGAGGAGGAUGGUGAUGAAGAACAGGAGAAUGACGCUUCAGCAUCCCCAGUUCGCUCCUAUAAAGAUACAGAGCAACACAAUGACGAUGAAGAUGAUGACGAUGACAUUUUCCCCCCAAAAACAACAUUUACUGCUUUGUCCACUUCACCAGCGAAGAAAAAGAAUCCAGAGACUGUGUUGUCAUCCAGAGCCGCCUAUGCUGACAAGAGCAGCGAUGACGAUGUGAAGUCAGACAGCGAUGAUGACAGGGGUCCAGUGUUCUCCUCGUUUUCCAGCAGUUCUGCUUUUGACAAACCUCCAGCGAAAAAAGCUAAGAAACCUGCAGACACAGCACCUAAACAGAAGAAAGCUCCUGUAAAAGCCAAGAAGCCUGAAACAUCCGUCUGGGAUUCAGACUCAGACACGGGCACUAAAAAAGCACCAGCAGCGCCUAAAGGGGCCGGGAAAGGCCGAGGCAGGAAGAGGAAGCAGUCGAGCUCCGAGGAGGAUGACUACAGCCCUGUGAAGAAGACUGGAAAAAUUGCCACAAGCAGGAAACCAAAGAAGGCAGCUUCUGACGAUGAAGAUGAUAACGACGCAGGCAUGAACAGCUUCAGCCGUCUGGACUCGGGCAGAGAUCGGUCCGGUCGAGCCAAGAAAGAAGUCAAAUACUUUGCAGAAUCCGACAAUGAAGAUGACGACGAUAUGUUUGACUAGAAAACACACACACACACACACAUCGAGUCCAGAAAAAUGCUUGUUGAAGAACAGGUUCACUGUCCUCUGCCCAGCAGAAUUUUGUACAUUUUACCCUCCAUUUUAUUUUUUCUUCACUUGUGAUGUUGAAUUCUUUCUACUGUGUAGCUGUUUUACUCUUUUUAUUAUUGUUAUUGCUAUAUUAUUAUAUUAUGGUAUUAUUGUUAUGAUACAUUGACAAUGUUGUUUUUUAUCAUUGAAUUGUAUUUGUCCUGAGCAGCUUUUAGAAAUUUAGACCGCUGUGCUUUAGCACAUUUUAAUGGUUCAGCAUUAGAGAUGACUUACCUUUUUGAGACGACUUGGAAAUAAACAUGAAAUGUAAAUUA